UUAGAAAAAAAAUGUCUUUCUUUACUAGUUCCUACAAAGCUUUUCUUUACUCUUGGUCUUUGCUAGCAAUUUUGGUCAUUCUUCAAUGCAGUGCUGAUGGAAAUUACACAUCAACACUUGUGAUUGAUGGUUCGCAAGGAUCUGGAAUGAAAAUUCCAGACACAUUUUUUGGAGCAUUCUUUGAAGAGAUUAACCAUGCUGGAGCUGGAGGAUUGUGGGCAGAACUUGUGAGGAACAGAGGUUUUGAAGAGGGAGGCCCCACAAUUCCCUCAAAUAUUUAUCCUUGGACAACAAUUGGAGAUGAAUCAUUAGUAUAUGUAUCAACUGAUCGAACCUCUUGUUUUGAGCGUAAUAAGAAUGCCCUGUAUAUAAAGGUUCUUUGUGAUGGACCCAAAACUUGUCUACAUGGUGGUGUUGGUAUCUCCAACCCUGGUUUUUGGGGCAUGAACAUUGAGAAAGGGAAGAAAUAUAGAGUGGUCUUCUAUGUUAGAUCAUUACUUGGUGAAAUUGAUCUAGAAGUUUCAUUUGUCGGCUCUGACAAUGGUACAAAACUGGCUUCAACUCGCAUAAGGGAUUCUGGGCAUCAAGUCGAAAGGUGGAGAAAGAUUGAGACCAUACUUGAAGCCAAGGAUACAAAUCAUUAUUCAAGUCUUCAAAUAACAACAAGCCUUUCGGGAGUUGUAUGGUUAGAUCAAGUUUCAGCUAUGCCUUUGGACACAUAUAAGGGUCAUGGUUUCCGAAAGGAUCUUUUUCAAAUGGUGGCAGAUCUCAAUCCAAGAUUUUUCAGAUUCCCGGGUGGUUGUUUUGUUGAAGGAGAUUAUCUAAGAAAUGCAUUUAGGUGGAAAGACACAGUUGGAUCCUGGGAGGAAAGACCAGGACACUUUGGUGAUAAAUGGCAUUACUGGACUGAUGAUGGACUAGGCUAUUUUGAGGGCCUCCAGCUAGCAGAGGAUCUUGGUGCGUUGCCAGUGUGGGUGUUUAACAAUGGUAUCAGCCAUAAUGAAGAAGUCAAUACUACAGAAAUUUUACCGUUUGUGCUAGAAGCCUUAGAGGGCAUUGAGUUUGCCAGAGGUUCUCCAACAUCAUACUGGGGCUCUCGUAGAGCUGCCAUGGGACAUCCUAAGCCAUUUGACUUGAGAAUUGUUGCAGUUGGAAAUGAAGAUUGCAGUCAUUAUAACUACCAAGGAAACUACAUGAAGUUCUAUAAUGCUAUAAAACGUGCUUAUCCAGAUAUUCAGAUUAUCUCAAACUGCGAUGGCUCCAAAAGCCCGUUAAAACACCCCGCUGAUUUUUAUGAUUUCCAUCUUUAUGGACCUUCGAUGGAGAUGUUCUCGAGUCAUACCAAGUUUGAUCAUGCACCAAGAUCCGGCCCAAAGGCGUUUGUUAGUGAAUAUGCUGUAAAUGUGAAGGAAGAUGCUGGAACAGGAAGCUUAUUAUCAGCUUUGGCUGAAGCUGCAUUCCUUAUUGGACUUGAAAAAAAUAGUGAUGUUGUCCACAUGGUCAGCUAUGCACCUCUCUUUGUAAACUCAAAUGACCGGACGUGGUCACCGGAUGCAAUUGUAUUUAACUCUCACCAGCAUUAUGGAACUCCUAGUUAUUGGCUCCAACGUAUGUUCACAGAGUCAAGUGGAGCAACCUUGCUUAAAUCAACACUUCAAACUUCUUCCCAGUCACUUGUUGCAUCUGCAAUUGAGUAUGCAAAUUCUGAAGAUAAGAAGAAUUACAUAAGAGUGAAGGUAGUUAACUUUGGAAGUGGUUCUGAGAGCUUUAGGAUUUCCAUAAAUGGAUUGAAGUCAAAAGUGAAACAGAGUGGCUCAAGAAAAACAGUCCUCACAGCAGCCAAUGUAAUGGAUGAGAAUUCCUUCUCAGAGCCAAACAAGAUUGUGCCACAACAAACUCCAAUUGAGGGAGCAAGCACAGACAUGAAAGUUGAACUUCCUCCUCAUUCAGUUACAUCAUUUGAUCUAUUAAAGUAGAUAGGAGUGUUUAAUUUCUUAGAAUGAAUGGGUGGUCAAGACUAAAGCUUGGUUAAGGAAAUGUAUAUUUCUUUUACAUAAAUAAAUUGUUAAUUUAGCUCUUUCACAACAAGAAAUCUGGUGAUUGGGGCUACAAUGCAAUUUAUUAAAGAAACAAGCAGAUUAUGCAUUCAAUUUUAAUAUAACAGCAAUAUCAAAAGUCUAAACAAGGUAUCAAUGACUUGCUGUUUUGGGGUAUUUGAUCCUCUUGUGCUGUCUGUCAUGUUAAUAAAGAGGGAAAACAGUAAUACU